ACUCUGUUGCGGCUAUAGGAUAUAAAUACAUACAGAUGAUAAAUUGAUAAAUUCAAAGAAUAAGAAGAAUUAAAAUAAUUUUUAUUGAUAAAAACAUUGCUGUAGGAACUGUGAAUAAGAAGAAUUUAAACUGCAAUAGAACGUGUCUUAGAUCGUUUGUGGAAAAUAUCUGCAGAAUAAAGUGGGUGUAUAUAUUGUAAAUUUGCAAACUGCGUUUUUAUCAGCAAAGAUUGGUGCAACAAGAGAAAGAAAUUAGAAGUAGGCACAGGCAUUGGAAGCUGCAACGAAAAGUUAUCGAUUUUUGCAAGCCUUGAAUGUUAUGUCAAUCAUAAAUCGUAUUGCAUAGAUCACAUACGAUGUAUUUUUGAUUGAAUGCAGACGAAUAGAAGGAGAAAGCUUUUUGUCACAUAAGUAAAAAUCACAUACCGGCCCGGCUAUGGCUAUGUCAAAAAUAAUAAAGGUUUUGGAAAAAUCCUUGCCCCCAUCCCCACAUAGUGUACUGGUGGAAUGUCGCCAUAAAAACGACAGCAUUCUCCUGGAGUCAAAUGCCGUUGCACUAUUAUCGCAACAGGAAACUGAGAUAAUUCGCAAAAAUUAUACCAAAGUAUGCGAUGCGUACGGUUGUUUGGGUGUUCUUCAACUAAAUGCUGGAGAAAGUACGGUAUUGUUCCUGGUGCUGGUCACUGGCUGUGUUUCGAUGGGCAAGAUAGGCGAUGUGGAGGUCUUCCGCAUACAACAGACACAGUUUGUGUCUUUGCAAAAUGCUGCACCGAAUGAGGAUAAAAUUUCUGAAGUUCGAAAGCUGCUCAAUUCGGGAACAUUUUACUUUGCCCACACGAAUCAGACGUCUACAAGCAUGAAUAAAUUCGAUAUAACACUGUGUGCUCAAAGGCGAUUCCAGACGUCUGAAACUGAUAAUCGUUUCUUUUGGAAUCGCAUGAUGCAUAUUCAUAUGCUACGAUUCGGCAUUGAUUGUCAGUCAUGGCUUUUGAAAGUUAUGUGUGGAUCGGUGGAAGUGAGAACCGUGUACAUCGGUGCUAAGCAAGCUAGGGCGGCUAUAAUAUCGCGUUUGAGCUGUGAACGAGCAGGAACACGUUUUAAUGUAAGAGGCACAAACGAUGAAGGUCACGUGGCGAACUUUGUCGAAACGGAGCAAGUGAUUUACGUAGACAAUGAUGUAACCAGUUUCGUCCAAACACGUGGCUCUGUUCCACUUUUUUGGGAGCAGCCAGGUGUACAAGUUGGUUCGCACAAAGUAAAAUUUUCCAGAGGUUUUGAAACUUCUGCUGCUGCCUUUGAUCGACAUAUGAGUAUGAUGAAACAAAGAUACGGUUAUCAGGCAAUUAUCAAUCUUUUGGGAACUUCGACGGUGGGCAGUAAGGAGGGCGAAGCUAUGCUUAGCAAUGAAUUUCAGCGGCACCAUGGCAUGUCUGCACACAAGGAUGUGCCACACAUCAUUUUUGACUAUCAUCAAGAAUGUCGUGGGGGUAACUUUGGCGCCCUAUCUAAGCUCAAAGACCGCAUCACAGCAGCUGGUAUAAACUUUGGUAUUUUCUAUGCUUCUUCCGGUCAAGUGCUUCGUGAGCAAUUUGGCGUUAUACGUACAAACUGCUUAGAUUGCUUGGAUCGUACAAAUUGUGUUCAAACGUUCCUUGGCCUAGACACGUUAAAUAUACAAAUUGAGGCCUUGGGUUUGGGAGAGAAAAAACAAAAUUUAACUCGAUUCGAUGAAAUAUUCAAGCAGAUGUGGAUUAACAAUGGCAAUGAAGUUAGUAAAAUCUAUGCCGGAACGGGGGCCAUACAAGGUGGAUCAAAAUUGAUGGAUGGCGCCCGAUCAGUCUCUCGCACUAUACAAAACAAUUUGCUUGAUAGUUCGAAACAGGAAGCCAUUGAUAUUUUACUGGUGGGCUCAACUCUCAACUCGGAGUUGGCUGAUCGAGCAAGAAUAUUGUUACCUUCGAAUAUGCUGCAUGCUCCAACAACUGUCUUGCGAGAAAUGUGUAAAAGAUACAAUGAAUACGUCAAACCUAUGACAGUGCGCGUUGCGGUUGGAACAUACAAUGUAAAUGGUGGCAAACAUUUCCGCAGUAUUGUCUUCAAAGACACUUUAUCCGAUUGGUUGUUGGACUGUCAUGCUUUGGCUCGUUCAAAGGAUUUGGUCGAUGUCAAUAAUCCUUCGGAGAAUGCUCCGGUAGACAUCUUUGCAAUUGGCUUUGAAGAAAUAGUCGAUCUAAAUGCGAGUAAUAUUAUGGCCGCUAGUACGGAAAAUUCGAAACUUUGGGCUGAUGAGCUGCAAAAGACCAUAUCAAGAGAUAACGAUUAUGUUCUCCUUACCUAUCAACAAUUAGUUGGUGUUUGCCUAUACAUUUACAUACGUCCUGAACAUGCUUCCUUUGUACGAGAUGUUGCUAUUGAUUGUGUAAAGACCGGUUUGGGUGGUGCAACUGGCAAUAAAGGUGCAUGUGCGAUUCGCUUUGUAUUCCACGGAACAUCAAUGUGCUUCGUAUGCGCUCAUUUUGCUGCCGGGCAAUCGCAGGUCGCUGAACGUAACGCUGACUAUGCCGAAAUAACACGGAAAUUAUCGUUUCCCAUGGGACGUACUCUAAAAUCUCACGAUUGGGUAUUUUGGUGUGGUGACUUUAACUAUCGCAUUGACAUGGACAAGGAGGAACUAAAGGAGGCCAUACGUAAUGGUGAUUUGGCUUUAGCCUUAGAAAACGAUCAACUACUCAAAGAGCAGGAAGCAGGAAAUGUUUUUACCGAUUUUCUUGAGGGAGAAAUAACAUUUGAUCCCACAUACAAAUAUGAUGUAUUUAGUGAUGAUUACGAUACGUCCGAAAAACAAAGGGCUCCCGCCUGGACAGAUCGUGUGCUGUGGCGUAGGCGCAAAGCCUUGGCGGAAUGUGAUCAGACGGCAGCCGAUUGGAAUCCAGGGAAGUUAAUUCAUUAUGGGCGAUCUGAACUAAAACAAAGUGAUCAUAGGCCAGUUAUUGCUAUAAUCGAUGCCGAAGUUAUUUCCAUUAAUCAGCAACGUAGACGGGAUGUAUUUGAACAGGUUAUCAAGGAUCUGGGACCACCUGACUCUACCAUUGUUGUACAUGUACACGAACCCUCGGCCGAUGAAGAUGGCCCUACUAUUUAUGAUGAAAAUGUGAUGUCAUCACUGAUUCAAGAACUAUCCAAACUGGGGGAAGUAACUUUGGUGCGUUAUGUAGAGGAUACCAUGUGGGUUACCUUCCGAGAUGGAGAAUCGGCUCUAAAUGCUGUGGCCAUGGGCGAAACCAAUAUAUGUGGCUUGCAAUUAAAAUUCGAAUUAAAAUCGCCCAAUUGGAAUAAAAACGUAAAUAGUGAAAUAGAGUUAUGCACAACCAACACCAUACCGCUGUGUGCUAAUCCAAAAGAGCAAGCCCAGUUAUUAAACGCCACACCGGAAGUACCCCAAAGACCCAAACAACCCCCUGCACGUCCUGCUCCCGCCAGGCCACCAAUUCCCAUGUCGCCAAAGAACUCUCCACGACAUUUACCUCAUGCUGGCGUUAUAAGUGUGGUACCGGAAAUGUUGCAGCCCAAGGUAAAACCACCAAUGCCCCCACAGCCAGCCCAAUUGCCGCCACCGCUGCGACCUGUGCCCGUCAAUUCGGCCAGUGGCUUUGAUACACCCUCGUCAUCGAAAUCUCAAUCGCCCACAGAACAAAACUCUCCGCUACACACAUCAUCGGGCAAGGUGUCGCCAGUGGGCUCGGGUUCAGCAGCAAGUUCGCUACCUCCAACACCACCACGCCAAACGCAAAGUAAAAACGUGACGCCAGCCUCUACGCCAUCACGCCAGUCCAAGCAGUCAUCGGUGGAUGUGCAAGACACUUCUGCCUACAACGACUCAAACAUCUAUGAGGAAAUACAGGAUGACAUACCAGCUCCCAGACAUCCGCCACCACCUUUUCCACCCGUUCCCAAUGAUAGUGUUAACGAAAGUCCCGCACGACGGGUAACGCCUGCAUUGCCCCCCAAUGCGCCACCCAUGGGCCCGCCUCCAAUACCAAUAAGGCGCGGCCCACCACCCAUACCAAAUCGCACCGGUGGUGCACCUCCCUUGCCGAAUAGACCAAAUAACAAUUGAAUUGAUUGUACUUAGCAAAUAGUACAACUUAAGCAAUGGCCGAUUCUGAUGAUGAGUACGAUCGCAAACGCCGCGAUAAAUUUCGCGGUGAACGUAGCUCUGGUGACAGUUACCGUUCGGA